UUGAACUUUGGAUUAAAUUGAUUUUACUUCCUUAGAAUAGAGAUUGAUUAUAUACAAUGUUGUCCAGAACUUUUACCCGUGUCUCAAGAUCUGCUGUUAACCAAAAGAGAUUCUUAUCUUUGCAUGAAUUCCGUUCCGCUGCUUUAUUGAAGUCUUACGGUGUUGGUGUUCCAGAUGGUUCCGCUGCCUUCACUCCUCAAGAAGCCUACGAUGCUGCCAAGGCCUUAGGUACCAACGAAUUGGUCAUCAAGGCUCAAGCUUUGACUGGUGGUCGUGGUAAGGGUCACUUUGACAACGGUUUCCAAGGUGGUGUUAAGUUGAUUUCUUCCGCUGAAGAAGCCAAGGAAUUGUCUGAAAAGAUGUUGGGUCACAAGAUUAUCACCAAGCAAACUGGUGCUGCCGGUAAGGAAGUCACCGCUGUCUACGUUGUCGAAAGAAGAGACGCUAGAACCGAAGCUUACUUGGCCAUCUUGAUGGACAGAGCCACCCAAGCUCCAAUGAUCGUUGCUUCCGCUCAAGGUGGUAUGGACAUUGAAGGUGUUGCCGCUGAAAACCCAGAUGCCAUCAAGACUUUCACUGUUUCCUUGGAAGACGGUGUCACUGACAAGUUAGGUAAGGACAUUGCCAGCGUCUUAGGUUACACUGACGAAGCCAUUCCAGAAGCUGUCAAGGCCAUUCAAAACUUAUACAAGGUCUUCAUCGAAAAGGACUGUACUCAAGUUGAAAUCAACCCAUUGUCUGAAACUCCAGACCACAAGGUUUUGGCUAUGGAUGCCAAGUUGGGAUUUGACGACAAUGCUGAAUUCCGUCAAAAGGAAGUCUUCUCUUGGAGAGACACCACCCAAGAAGACCCACAAGAAGUUGAAGCUGCCAAGUACGGUUUGAACUUCAUCAAGUUGGAUGGUAACAUUGCUAACAUCGUCAACGGUGCUGGUUUGGCCAUGGCCACCAUGGAUAUCGUUAAGUUGUACGGUGGUGAACCAGCUAACUUCUUGGACUGUGGUGGUACUGCUACCCCAGAAACCAUUGAAAAGGCUUUCGAAUUGAUUUUGUCUGAAAAGAAGGUUAACGGUAUUUUCGUUAACAUUUUCGGUGGUAUUGUUAGAUGUGACUACGUCGCCGAAGGUUUGAUUGCUGCUACCAAGAACUUCAACUUGGAAAUCCCAGUUGUUGUUAGAUUACAAGGUACCAACAUGGAAAAGGCUAAGACUUUGAUUGAAAACUCUGGUUUGAAGUUGUACGCUUUCGAAGACUUGGACCCAGCUGCUGAAAAGAUUGUCCAAUUGGCCCCAAAGGCUUAGAGUAGAAGGUAUUAGAUCUAUUUCUCUCCAUACAUUCAAAUAUAUACGACUAAAUUAUUAUUCUAAUCUCU